UCCAACCUCAUAAAUUAAUGCUCUUAAACGAUAGGAUAAGCUGUCCUUCACCCAUUCCAGAACAGCUAGCCCUUGCCUUUACGGCUUUGGUGAUUCUGGAAUCCAGUAGAUUAGGCACUUGGCAAGAGCUGCAUCCAAGUUCCAUUAAUACUACAACACAGUCAUCAGUAAAUUUCUCUUGAGGUGAUGCCUAUAAAAUAUCGUGGUUUCCUGCUGGAGUGACUGGUCUUGACUAAUUUGCUCUCUCCGGCCUCUGAGAUUCUUGUGCUUCUGCAUUUUGAAGAUCUCCGGUUGCUUCGCAAAGAUGACUUCCGGUGGUGAUGUCACCGUUAGUCCUGGAAAUGUUCCGGUAUAUCAUAAGAACAAUUUGGAGGUGAUUGACAGAAGGGUGAAAGUUGCGGAGGUGGUCUUAAGGUGUAUGAUAUGUGGGUUAGGAAUUCUGGCAGCUGUUCUUGUAGGAUCUGAUACACAGGUCAGGGAGAUCUUCACCAUUCGAAAGAAAGCAAAGUUCACAGACAUGAAAGCUCUUGUGUUUCUGUUGAUAGCUAAUGGGAUAGCUGCUGGUUAUUCCUUCAUCCAGAGUCUGCGUUGUGUUGUGAGUGUAAUUAGGGGCAGUUUACUCGUCAACAAGCCGUUGGCUUGGGCUAUUUUCUCUGGUGAUCAGGUAAGCCAUCUUUGCCUUAGACUACGUCUUUCGUGCUUCACUCUCAGAGUGAUGGCUUAUGUGUUGAUGGCUGCGUUUGCAGCGGCGGCACAAUCGUCGGUGAUAGCUGAAAUGGGGCAACCGGAGUGGCAGUGGAUGAAGGUGUGCAAUCUCUAUGAAAAGUUCUGCACCCAAGCAGGGGAAGGAAUGGUGAUUGCGCUUGUGGUUAGCCUUAGCAUGAUAACACUCUCUUUUAUAUCCGCCUUCAACCUCUUCCGCUUGUAUGGAGAAACUGAAGCUCAAAACAGAGGAGGAUGGUAG